GUUAACCAGCAAUUCUGGGCAGAAAUAAUUUGGCUACUUUGGUGCUCAGCUCUUGGCCCAGGAAAAACUCUUUUAUUCGAAGGGAGAAGCAGCCAGAAGGGAAACCCAGCUCUCAAGGACAUUCCCCCAGCUGUGGUUCAGCCUGGCUUUGCACCUGUUGAAUUCAGGUGGGAGCAAUGCUCAGGGAAAAGGAGGAUUUCAGGCUUAAAGCAGCAGCAGCACCACUGCAUCUCCCCCAGGGAUCCCCAGAACGCGGCUCUGACAAACUCCUUGCAGUAGAAGUGGGGCAUCAUGAUCUGGACGAAUUAUUUAAGUCUCUCCAGCACGUUCCUGAUGGGUUUUCUUCUCCUGUCCACAUUCACCAGGAAGGUGGUUCCUGAGGAGAGCAUCAUUGAAACCAAGAAGGGCAAAGUCAGGGGGACCAGCCUGCAGGUGCUGGGGGGGACAGUCACAGCCUUCCUGGGAAUCCCUUAUGGGCAGCCCCCCGUUGGGAGGCUGAGGUUCCAAAAGCCAGAGCCCCGGGAGGAAUGGGCAGAGGUUUGGGACGCCACCAAACACGCAAACUCCUGUUACCAGCCCAUAGACACAACCUACCCGGGCUUUGCUGGCUCAGAGAUGUGGAACCCAAAAACCAACCUGAGUGAGGACUGCUUGUACCUGAAUGUGUGGAUUCCUUCUCCCAGGCCCAAGAAUGCCACUGUCAUGGUGUGGAUUUAUGGCGGUGGCUUCGAGACUGGGUCCACUUCCCUGCCUGUCUACGAUGGGAAGUUUCUGGCCAGGGUGGAAAGAGUGGUCGUGGUUUCCAUGAACUACAGGGUUGGUGCAUUGGGGUUUCUGUCCUUGCCAGGAAACCAGAAGGCUCCUGGAAAUGCAGGUUUGUUUGAUCAGAGGUUGGCACUUCAGUGGGUGCAGGAGAACAUAGCAGCCUUUGGAGGCAAUCCCAAAAGCGUGACUCUGUUUGGAGAGAGCGCUGGCUCGGCCUCUGUCACCUAUCACCUCCUUUCUCCUGAAAGCCACCCUUUAUUCACCAGGGCCAUCCUGCAGAGUGGCUCUGCCAACGCCCCCUGGGCUGCAAUUACAUCUUCUGAAGCCAGGAACAGAGCAGUGGCCUUGGCCAAGCAGCUCCAGUGUCCCACCAGCAAUGAGUCAGAGCUCAUUUUCUGCCUCCAAGACAAGGACCCCAAGGAAAUACUGGAAAACGAAAUUUUUGUCGUUCCACACGGUUCUCUUUUACAAAUAUAUUUCUGCCCGAGCGUGGAUGGCGAUUUUCUGGCAGACAUGCCAGAAGUAUUGAUGGAGAAGGGUCAUUUCAAACAGACCCAGGUCUUGGUGGGUGUCAAUAAAGACGAAGGGUUGUCAUUUCUGGCCUACGGGGUCCCUGGCCUCGACAAGGACAGCGAUGGCUUGAUCAACAAAACCCAGUUUGAGGCAGCUUUAGCUCUGGCCUUCCCAGCAGUGAGCAAGCUGGCCAUAGAGUCCAUCACCUUCCAGUACACGGACUGGGAGGACGUGGAGAAGCCGGAGCGCUACCGCGACGCCAUCGACGACGUCAUCGGCGACUACAACAUCAUCUGCCCCGCGCUGCAGUUCAGCUCCAGCCUGGCCCGCCUGGGACACCCCCUCUUCUUUUAUUUCUUUGAGCACCGCUCCUCCAAGCUGCCCUGGCCCGAGUGGAUGGGCGUCAUGCACGGCUACGAGAUCGAGUUUGUGUUCGGGCUGCCCCUGGAGAGGAGAGUCAAUUACACCAAGGCUGAGGAGCUCCUGAGCCGCUCCAUGAUGAGGCACUGGGCAACUUUCGCCAAGACUGGAGCUCCAAAUGGGACCCUGACUAAUGGAAAAAAAUGGCCAAUCUUCACUAGUACUGACCAAAAAUAUUUGACACUGAACACCAACACUUCUGAGGUACUGACAAAACUACGGGCUCAGCACUGUCGAUUCUGGAAACACUUUUUCCCCAAAGUCGUGGAAAUGACAGGAAAUAUUGAUGAAGCAGAACGAGAGUGGAAAGCAGGAUUCCAUCGCUGGAACAAUUACAUGUCAGACUGGAAAAAUCAAUUUAAUGAUUACACCAGCAAGAAGGAGCUGUGCAGUCUCUAAUUAAUAUGUUUACUCUUUCCAGUUUGUCCCUAGAACUGUUCAUCAGGCAAAUAUCCAGGUAGCUUCCCAACAUUUGAGCACUAAAUGUGUGUCCUAGGUUACAAUGUAAAGAUGUGCCCAAAAGUCUGAAUUCUAUCACCAUCUGUUAAAAACCAGCUGGGGCAGUGAUUCUUAUUUCUGUGGGAGAUAUCUCCUGUUAAUGGGCCAGCUGUUAAAAACCAGCUGGGGCAGUGAUUCUUAUUUCUGUGGGAGAUAUCCUCUGCUAAUGGGUCAGCUGUUAAAAACCAGCUGGGGAAAUGUUCUUUAUCUUUCCCACAGCCCAUCCUCCCUCCAGGAGAUAUCUCCUGUUAAUGGCCAGUGAGUCCCAGGGCAUGACUGAUAAAAUUCCAUCAUCCCACUGGGAGAUGCUCCAGCCGGGGGAGGAGCCAAGCCUUUCCUACCCAGAUAAAAACUGAGAUUUGGAACACCAGAGCAGCCUUUACCCACUGGUUUCCAGAGGACAACAGCUACCAGACUGUUCUACAAAAUGACUACUUCAACAAGACCCCUUCAUCUGAACUGCUACCACACCCUAGCUAGUGGGGUGUCAGGUUGUAUUCUAAAUCUGUACUAUUACAUGUAUUUUAUUUUUCUCUUUUUUUUCCCUGUUAAAUUGUAUUUCUUACUUAGAGUCUCUCACUGGUUUUGCUUUCAAACCAGCACAAUAUGUUAUACAGAUUAAAAGGAAAUGUUACAGAUUCAA